UUUCAUAUUGAUCUGUGUGUGCUAGGUCCUUUUUAAAGAUGGCAUUUUCCAGUGGAAACGGCUUGAAAACCUUAUAGUACUUGCAAAGGAAAAUGUGGCAAAGAUGAGUAGUAACCCUGCAUUGCAAGUGAAGAAAAUGCAAGGGUCAAGAGAUUGGCAGGUUGAAAGGAAAUUGGAUCUUACCGAUACCAUCAAGGAUGGAGCUCGCCUUUUCCUGCUUGAUUCAGGGAUACGGAAACAGCUUCUUCUUGCUCUGACUGAAGACUCUAAGCUUCAUAUUCAAGAGCUUGUGGAUGUAUAUAGACUGAUUGAAGGUGAAAUUGAUAUACCCUCGGUGGCUUUUGAGAUCGUUCGAGAGUUACCAGAUGUUACAAGGGAUUUAAUGCUCUCAUGGAGCAAUUCUGUUUUAUCAGACCAAAAAUGAUUCAAUAUCCAUGUUUGCUUCCCACCAAUAGAAGCAUCUUGAGUUGUUUU